AUGAGAGCCCGGAGGCCGCAGAACGGCCACAGGGCGCGGAGGAAGAAGCCGCGCGCCAGUAGCCGCGGCCCGCCCACGCGGCCCGCGGCACGCUGCGCGCUUCCAUGCCUCGGACCAGGCACGCGGGAGGGAACGGAGGAGGAGGAGGAGGAGGAGGAGGAGGAGGAGGAGGAGGAGGAGAGGGGAGGGAGUCUCUGCAGGCGCCGUUCAGAUUGUCUGUCGUGUGCUCUACGAGCUGUCCGAACUCUCCAAACCUGUGCGGCCACUUGGGCGCGCAUUGUCGACCAGGCAAGCGAAAUCCGCGCAGAUGCCUUGCAGGCGGGAAGGAGCGAGAACGGCCCUCCAACUCCAUGGCGCGCUCCCCCUUCCCUCGAACUCCACGCUGAUGCUACCAGGAUCUAUGCCGUCACAAGAUAUGCCGCUUGUCGUGUCGUUAAUGCGGUCCACAAUUUGGUAAAUGCGCCCCCCAAGGCACCAGGCACAGUACCUAUCGGCGCCAAAGGUUGGAGACGAGGCGAUACUCUCUGUCUACCACCGCAGGGUGGCUGCUGGUCGAUGCGCGUGAUGACGCUGCCAUGUUAG